UAAGCUGUACAAAGCAAGCUGUCAAGAGGCUGGCGUGCGUUUCGUCGAUAAAAGCUCCUUUCAGUCAAUAUGGAGUGUCUGCAUCCCACAUAAAGAGGUUGCAUCCCCUAGAGACGAUGUGUGCGCGACCUGUGAGAAGCUGCGAAAAAAAAUAUGGAUUCGGUAUCGGAAGAGGACAAACUAGCUUCCACUGAAGAAAUGCGUAGUCAUAUUGUUUUGGCACAAAAAGAAAGAGACCUUUACAACAGUCUCAUUAAAAAGGCAAAAGAAACGUCACAUCUAUGUCCAGCUGAACGAUCAAACCACUUCACAUUUGAUUUCGCUCAAAGUGUAGGCAUACCACACCAUGCACGACAGAUGGGGCCAUUAUAUUUCGCAUCCUUAAGAAAAGUCCACAUUUUUGGAAUGAGAAUUGAUGGACAAUCACGUCAAUUGAAUUUUCUCAUCGACGAAAAUGAGAGCAUCGGUGCAGAUGGAGCUAAUGCACAGGGACCAAACGCUGUCAUCUCGAUGAUAGACUACGCGCUCAACACCCAUGGAUGCGAAGAUCUCUCGUGCACAAUACACGCGAUAAUUGUCCGGGUCAAAACAAAAAUCAGUUUGUGAUUGGGUACUUCGCAUGGCGAGUCCUGACACGGCGCCACACUUCAAUCGAAUAUAUGAUGAAGGUUCCGGGUCAUUCACGGUGUUUGGUGGAUAGUGGGUUCGCCCAUAUUAAAAAGCUGUACAGACGCUCGGACUGUGACACCAUUCAGCAGCUAGAGGAUAUUGUCAACAAGUCGUCUACUGCAAAUGAGGCUGUCCGAUAUCCGACCUGGCGCUGGCGUGACUGGAAGACUUUUUUGUCUACAUCUUUUAAAGCAAUACCCGGGAUAAGGAAGUACCAGUACUUCAGGUUCGACUUAUCGAGGCCCGGCACGGUUUUCGCGAAGAAAGCAACGGACCUACCAGAGGAAGAGUUCUUCAUCAUGAAACAUAGGGAACUCCCCUCAGCAGAACCAUGCUUAAUUAAACCGGCAGGGCUAUCAGAGAAUCGCGUGAAAUAUCAUUACAGAACUGUCCGACCAUUUGUGCGACCAUGUUAUCAGGACAUUACCUGUCCAACACCCACAGACUGAUUGCAUGUGAUAACAUCAUGUAUUCGAACAUCAACCUAAACAGUUAUUUUAAUUCAUGCGCGUGUAAAUGAAGGGUUUUCCAACAAGUUAUUGUAAUAUUUGAAUAAGUGUUCGAUAUUGCGAACUAUUUACAUGCUGUUAACGUCAUGAAUAUGUCAUUCCGAUUGAAAAUGACGCGACGUCAACAGCUUUGUUGCGUGACAGUUAAUGUAUAUAAUGUUGUCAUAGCAACCCUAAAUAGUGGAUGUAAUUUAUACAUCAUUGGAUUCGUAGAUUAACGUACAAUAUGAAAGUAAAAAAAACUAAAAAUUGAUUUUUUUGUCAUUUAUGCAGGUUUUGUCGUGGA